GUGUUACUUCCGGCCUCCCUCUAGCUGCCAUCUUGUGUCCCCGCGUGUGUGCGCCUUAUCUUAGCUGGUCUGCCCGAGACCCCCUGAGCGUGAACCUUAGUUCCCCGCGCGGUCCCAUUUCCACUCCGACAAGGUACAAAAAGGCUGUGGACGCCGGCGAGGGAGGAGAACGGGAGCGGGGGCGGGCAUUUCCCGGCAGGAGCGAGACAGGGAGGGGACAGGGCUGAGGAGAGGAGAGCGAUGCGACGGACAGGCGCUCCCGCUCAGGCUGACUCUCGGGGGCGAGGGCGAGCCAGGGGCGGCUGCCCCGGGGGCGAGGCGACGCCCUCUCUUCCUUCACCUCUCGGCGGAACCCGAGGACAGGAACCUCAGAUGAAAGAAACGAUCAUGAACCAGGAAAAACUUGCCAAACUGCAGGCACAAGUGCGCAUUGGUGGGAAAGGAACUGCUCGUAGAAAGAAGAAGGUGGUUCACAGAACAGCCACAGCAGACGAUAAAAAGCUGCAGUUCUCCUUAAAGAAGUUAGGGGUAAACAAUAUCUCUGGUAUUGAAGAGGUGAACAUGUUUACAAACCAAGGAACAGUGAUCCAUUUUAACAACCCUAAAGUGCUACAAAGGAAGGAAUCUGAUGUGGGCUCCAGCUUGCUUGUUCUUGUCUUCCAGAGAAGGAUUCCAACAAGUUCCAACCUAGCCCAUACUAAUUUUGGGGGCCUUUGGGCCACUAGUCACAAUGAGGAGAAGUUAUUGGACAGCUCCCAAGACAUGACUGAAUGA